AUGGAGCGGCGGCGACGCGCAGCAGACGAUUCAACGGGACGGCGCCGACGCAGUCGGAGCUCCAGUCCCGUGUCUUCUCGUCUACGGUACCACCUACGACGUCGCCACUCGCGGCCGCCUCCGAUGCACCGACGUCGGCCUCGACGCUCGGUCCACGACUCGGACUACGACACGAGGAACAGCCCACGCAGUCGCUCCACGCGGCGGAAAACAGACUCGAGGGCGCAAGGGCGAUCGAGGUCCCGGUCGGAUUCCCGUAAACCAAGAUACUAUUCAGACGCGCGGUCGCGGUCGGGGUCCAAUGGAAGUCACCGGUAUCGUCAACAACGCUACAAUGGCCGAAAGUCGCGCCCGUCGCGUGGCAACAGCCAACCACGUGGACGACGCAAGAGUCCGGAGAAACACUACAAGGCGCGUCGUCGCUCGCCGCGUGGCAAGCACAAGCAGCGGCAGUCAAGACGACACGAGCCAUAUCAUGAGCGGCAGUCGCUGGUGGUGCCGCCGCUUGCGACACCGAAAGAUGGCAGUGAGGACAGUGCAUCGCACGAUGAUACAGUGGGCAGCUAUGCUGGUAAACCUGGUGAAUACAUCGCCAACCGCUACAAGAUCAUUCGGGAAGCAGGGCUGGGUACAUUUGGCCGUGUGCUCGAGUGUCUAGACAAGCAGCGCAACAUUGUGGUGGCCAUUAAAGUUGUUCGCAAGGUAGACAAGUACACCGAGUCGGCCAAGAUCGAAGCGGCUAUCUUGCAGGAUGUGAACGACAAGGACAAAAACAACGAGUCGCUUUGUGUCCGCAUGUUCAAGUGGCUUGAGUACAAGGGCCACGUGUGUAUGGUGUUUGAGCGGCUCGGCUGCUCGUUGUACGACUAUUUGAAAAAUCACGACUACAAGCCGUUCCCGCUGCACUGCAUCCGUGCUUAUGCGUGGCAGCUCUUGACGUCGCUGGAGUUUAUUCACAGUAUCCGGCUUAUUCAUACCGAUCUCAAGCCUGAGAAUAUCCUGCUGGUGGAUGACGAAGAGGAAAGGCUUUCGUGUGAUUCGUCAUCGCCGUCAUCGACGUCGUCGUUUGACUCGCGGGAGGGGUCGUCCGGACGCGAACGAUGGUCCAAUGGGCGUCAGUGGAAGAAGCGCGAGCGCGAUGUGUCUGAUGCUGACACUGGACGACCGUCGCUUCGUCCCCCGGCAAACAACGCGGUAAAGCUUAUUGAUUUUGGUGGUGCGACGUACGAAGACGAGUCAAAGAGCUCCAUUAUCAACACGCGUCAAUACCGUUCGCCCGAGGUGAUUCUCGGGCUCGGAUGGAGUUAUCCGUCGGACAUUUGGUCCGCCGGUUGUAUCAUUGCAGAGCUCUACCUGGGUGAACUGCUGUUUGCAACGCACGAGAACAUGGAACACCUUGCUCUCAUGGAGCGCUGCAUCGGACCGCUUCCCGUGAAAAUGGCAGCCAAGGCAUCGAAACACUCGACCUCGUCCAAGUUUUUCCGUCGUGGGCGGCUCAAUUGGCCUGCUGGUUCGUCGAGUGACGAAAGCGUCGAUCACGUGCGGAGGAUGCGAUCGCUGGCAGAGAUGAUUUCUCGCGAGGACGCUCAGAGUGGUCUGCUCGAGCUGCUGCAGCUCAUGCUGGUGCUGGACCCCGACAACCGAGUGACAGCCAAAGAGGCUCUGAAUACUCCAUUCUUCGAUGGAUUUUCGUAUCGCAACAUCGUGCCGAGGUGGCCGUCUUAA